GAUGAUCUCAAUCUCUUGACCUCAUGAUCGGCCCGCCUCAGCCUCCCAAAGUGCUGGGAUUACAGGCGUGAGCCACAGUACCCGGCCCAUUGAGUUGUUUUUUAAUUUUAAUUUUUAUGGGUACAUAGUCUGUGUAUAUAUUUAUGGGGUACAUAUUUUGAUAAAGGCAUACAAUAUGUAAUAAUCACAUCAGAGUAAAUGGGGUAUCCAUUACCGCACACAGUGUUUUUGUGUGUGUUAUGAACAUUAUAAUUAUACUCUUUUAGUUAUUUUUCAAUGUACUAUAGAUUAUUGUUUUUCAUUGAGCUUUAAUGAUUCUAUUCAUAUAUGGCAUGACCAGUCAAAAGAGAUACCUUCUGGAGCAGGUUCUUGAAUAACAUUGUUUCAUUCAACUUCAUUUCAGUAUAAUGUUGAUGAGAAAAAAAAAUUGACUCCCAGCAGCGCCACUCUCUGUGUGGAGUUUGCAUGUUUUCCUCAUGUCUGCGUGGGUUUUCUCAGGGCACUUCAAUUUCCCCCAACAUCCCAAAGCUGCGCACAUUGAGUUCGUUCCCGUGUCUACAUUGUCCCAGUCUGAGUGAGUGUGGGUGUGUGAGUGAGUAUGCCUUGCCAUGGAACAGUGUUUUGUCUAGGGUUGCUUCCUCACCUCUGAACUGCUGGGAUAGGCUUGACCCAGAACUGAAAUUACUGGGUGAAUAAUAAUCUUACUUGAUGUAUUAAUAUUUUGUAAAUAUAAAUAUAGGUAGCGUUCACAUUUAUUUCAAUAUUUAAUAUUAAAAGUGUUUUGUGUUUUUAUUUGGAAGUUUAGUGAUGUUUUUCUCACCAGAAAUAUGCCACAGGAACUUAACUCUUAUUUAUAUUAAUUGGCCUAUACAAAUUUUGUUAUGCAAAAUUUCAUGUAAAGUGGUGGUUUUCAAGGACCUAUUGACAAAGUUAGGUGAGGAUUGACUAUUUUCUUCACCUUAACGAGUUUUCUCAUGCCAUUUACCAGCCAAACCCCUUCCAGAGACCAGUUCAUCACAAGUGCAUUUUUAUAACCCAGUGACCUCCUGGUAAUUGCCCUGUUCAGGGAGAUCUUGAGUUUGAAUAUGAGCUUUGCCAUUAUUCCAGUUCUGCCAGCCUCUAACCCUAUAAAUUAGCAUAUGCCAAACCUUCCUGUCUUUUAAUACAUAUAUAUUUUAAGUUUGUCAAAAUUAGAAAAAAAUACCUUUUGAGUCAUAUUUUUUGUUUCAUUUUAUGUUUAUGCUUAUUCUCAAAAAAGAAUAGUUUAUCUUAAAGUAUAUUGUAUUUUUUUGUGGAAAAUGGACUGGUAACCCUCUCCUAUUUUUAGUAUGAAAAAAAUGUGUUUCAGGAAAAUAAAUGUAUCAGCUUUCCUAUAAGACUACCAUAAUAUUUAAAGUAACUGGAGAAGAUGCUUGUAUUUAGUUUGUUUUAUUCUUUUAAAACAAAUACACAAUAAUGAGGAUCUCAUAUGUAACUUCCCAAAUUUUCUGUCUUUCAUACUUGAUUCUCAAAUUAAUGAAAUAAGUAGAUUGUAUUCUAUCUUUAUAUUAUUACUCAUUAAUUUUGGGGAAAAUGCUUCAAUAAUGGCUUUUGGAGAAAAUGAAAAGAUGCCACAUUAAUUGUAGACAACCAUUUUAAGAUACAUUUCAUUCCGCCCCACUGGCUGCUCUGAAAAGCCAUCUUUGCAUUGUUCCUCGUCCGCCUCCUUGCUCGCCGCAGCCGCCUCCGCCGCGCGCCUCUUCCGCCGCCGCAGACUCCGGCAGCUUUAUCGCCAGAGUCCCUGAACUCUCGCUUUCUUUUUAAUCCCCUGCAUCGGAUCACCGGCGUGCCCCACCAUGUCAGACGCAGCCGUAGACGCCAGCUCCGAAAUCACCACCAAGGACUUAAAGGAGAAGAAGGAAGUUGUGGAAGAGGCAGAAAAUGGAAGAGACGCCCCUGCUAACGGGAAUGCUAAUGAGGAAAAUGGGGAGCAGGAGGCUGACAGUGAGGUAGAUGAAGAAGAGGAAGAAGGUGGGGAGGAAGAGGAGGAGGAAGAAGAAGGUGAUGGUGAGGAAGAGGAUGGAGAUGAAGAUGAGGAAGCUGAGUCACCUACGGGCAAGCGGGCAGCUGAAGAUGAUGAGGAUGACGAUGUCGAUACCAAGAAGCAGAAGACCGACGAGGAUGACUAGACAGCAAAAAAGGAAAAGUUAAACUUAAAAAAAAGGCCGCCGCGACCUAUUCACCCUCCACUUCCCGUCUCAGAAUCUAAACGUGGUCACCUUCGAGUAGAGAGGCCCGCCCGCCCACCGUGGGCAGUGCCACCCGCAGAUGACACGCGCUCUCCACCACCCAACCCAAACCAUGAGAAUUUGCAACAGGGGAGGAAAAAAGAACCAAAACUUCCAAGGCCAUGCUUUUUUUCUUAAAAGUACUUUAAAAAGGAAAUUUGUUUGUAUUUUUUAUUUACAUUUUAUAUUUUUAUACAUAUUGUUAGGGUCAGCCAUUUUUAAUGAUCUCGGAUGACCAAACCGGCCUUCGGAGCGUUCUCUGUCCUACUUCUGACUUUACUUGUGGUGUGACCAUGUUCAUUAUAAUCUCAAAGGAGAAAAAAAACCUUGUAAAAAAAGCAAAAAUGACAACAGAAAAACAAUCUUAUUCUGAGCAUUCCAGUAACUUUUUUGUGUAUGUACUUAGCUGUACUAUAAGGAGUUGGUUUGUAUGAGAUGGUUAAAAAGGCCAAAGAUAAAAGGUUUCUUUUUUUUCCUUUUUUGUCUAUGAAGUUGCCGUUUAUUUUUUUUUUGGCCUGUUUGAUGUAUGUGUGAAACAAUGUUGUCCAACAAUAAACAGGAAUUUUAUUUU